ACUGAUGGAUUUUACCCGGAUACCGAAGAUCAUCUUACACCGGAUAGAUCUGUGGAAAGAGGAGGAGGUUCUAAAUGAGCCCAGCAACCAAGAGGAAAACUCCACUUUAGAACAAGAGGAACCAGAACCUCUGCAGAUAAAACAGGAACAAGAAGAACCAGAACAUCAACAGUUCAAAGAGGAAGAGAAGGAACUCUGCAUCAGUCAGGAUGAAGAGCAGCUUGUGCUGAAACAGGAGACUGAUGACAAUUUGGUGAUUCCAUCUAAUGUACAAAUAUUCCACAAUGAAACAGAAUCACAGAGGGACCAACUCAUCUCUCAUGGCUCUGCUGAGGAUGAGAACCAGGAUCAGGAAGGAAGAAAUUCUGAAGACCUAGGAAAAAAGAGAGACGAAGAACAGAAACAAAAGGAGAGAUGUCAGAAAACCAAAACUUGCAGCUCAAAACGAAAACUACGCAAGAAAUCUCGUGCUCGCCAAAUACGAUACUUUUGUAAAAUUUGCCAUAAAACUUUUUCUCAAAACGCAUCUUUGACUAGCCACAUGAAAAUUCACAACGACAAUAAACCUUUCACAUGUACAGUCUGUAGAAAAAGUUACAGGCACAAGAGGGGUUUAAUUCAUCACUUGAGAAUUGUCACAGGUGAAAAACCGUUCACAUGUUCAUUAUGUGAAAAACAUUACCAUUUAAAGGGCGCUUUAAAGAAUCACAUGAGAAUUCACACAGGUGAAAAACUGUUCACAUGUUCAUUAUGUGAAAAACAUUACCGUUUUAAGGCCGGUUUAAAGAAUCACAUGAGGUUUCACACGGGUGAGAAGCCUUUCUCUUGUGUGACUUGUGGAAAAAGUUUCAUUCAGAAACGCACUUUAACUGUUCAUAUGAGAAUUCACACUGGUGAGAAACCUUUCUCUUGUCCAACCUGUGGAAAAAGUUACAGUUACAAGAGUGGUUUAAUUUAUCACUUGAGAAUUCACACAGGUGAAAAACCGUUCACAUGUUCACUCUGUGGAAAACAUUACCCUUUAAAGGAGACUUUGAAGAAUCACAUGAGGAUUCACACGGAUGAGAAGCCUUUUUCAUGUCCAAGUUGUAGAAAAGGAUUCAGUCAAAAAAGCACUUUAACUCGUCACAUGAGAAUUCACACAGGUGAGAAGCGUUAUUCAUGUGUGACUUGUGGAAAACAUUUUGGUUACAAAUGUGAUUUAAAUAUUCACAUGAGGAUUCAUACGGGUGAGAAGCCUUUUACAUGUCCAACUUGUAGAAAAAAAUACAGGCAAAGAGCCACUUUAAGUCGUCACAUGACAAUUCACACGGGUGAGAAUCCAUAUACAUGUGUGAGCUGUGGAAAACAUUUUAGUUGCAAAAGUUAUUUAGAUAUUCAUAUGAGGAUUCAUACGGGUGAGAAGCCUUUUUCAUGUGUAAUCUGUGGAAAACGUUUCUGUCAAAAAUCUAAUCUUUCUGCACACUUUCAGACUCACACAGGUGAGAAGUCUUUUUCUUGUGACUUGUGGAAAAACUUUCCGGUUUGAAUCUAGAUUACUCCGUCACCUGAGAUCUCACACAGGUGAGAGGCCUUCCUCUUGUGUGACAUGUUUAUAAAGUUUCACUCAUCUGUUCAUAUGAGGGAGCACAGAGCACAUGACGGCAUAAUUUGAACCUUUGAAUUUUCUCAGUGACUUGGUGUUUGGAAGUGGAGUAUUUAUAGCUGGAUGACAUUUAGAAAAUGUAGCAGCUUUGUUAAAAAAUCAUUUCAAAUAAGAAAUCUUGUUCUGGUAGUUUUACCUUUCCAUCUAAAUGUUUCUUUUUAAGUGACAUUGUUUCCAUAUUAAUUGUUUCUUAAUUGAAAAAUGAAUUUGAAUGCUUUAGGAGUUAUUAAGAACAUUGUAUUUUGUAUUACUUCGAUGAUUUUGGUUAGCAGAUACAUGUUGGCUGUUACUGAAUGUACAGUAUGUGCUGGUAGGUUACAAAUGAAUUGCCCCUUGGGAAGAAUAUGUUUGUCUAAAUUUGAAUCUGAAUAUCAUAUUUUUUUUAUUUUCUGUUUGAGAUUCAGGACAAAAAUAAAUAUUUCUGUUGAUUUGAUGGCAACGAUGCAGACAUGAGGUUUAUUCAGUCAUAGUUAAGUCUGAGAAUUGUCUUUUUGUGUAAACGUGUAUUAUCUCUGUCCUUGUAAAAAUGACUCUACAUAGUAAAGUUUUGUUUAAGUAGUUUUAUUUUCAUUCAGUAGCAGAUUUCAGACUGGGUUUUGUUGGUUCACAAUUCUAUUUGUCUAUUUUGUUUUUCCUUGAUGAACUAAACAUUGUGUAAUUUUGUAUAAAUUUAUAUAUGAACAUUUUUAAUGUAGUGAGUUUAUAAUGUAAAGACAAAAUGCUCCUUCCCCCAAAAAGAAAUAUUUAAAAAAAUAUAUAUCUUUGGAGUUACCAUGGUAACGGUUAACCUACUUGAAGUUCUGCCCUUUGUGACACGAUAUUUGGUGAAAUAGCUCCUCAAACAGUGAGCAUUGAUCUAGUUAAGAUGAUGUAAGGUAUUGAGAGACGCUUUUUUCAUCUCGGCUCUGGUUGUUUUGUCAAACGUACCGCAGUUUCGAGCCACAAUGAUCUCCAGGUUCAAAGCUUUCAAACUCAGUAUAGGUCAAACACUUUGGUCCACUAGAGUCUGCAGGAAUCAGUGGAAAGUCAUCAUCACUCUGGUGCAGUUUGCAGCUACAGGUAAUAUCAGAUGAACAGCAGAUCUGAAAUUAAAGGUGCAUUCCCAAACUUCAUCAGUCCAAGGCCAACCAGACUUCAUGAAGAGAUGACAGCUGCUGAGACGCCUGCAAAUAUUGGCCACCAUUCACCAUUUCCAUCUAAUAAGUGUAUUAUUUAUUCCUCCAGUUGCCAUGGUAAUCAUUAAAUGCUUUCCUCUGGUUCAGAUUUCACUCCAGUAAAAGUCCAUUCACAUCCAAAAUGGCGUCUCACAACUUUAUAUGAUUACGUCACAGUGCUGCCAUCUUGUGACAGAAACAUGUCCCUGCAGCUCAGCGGAGAUAAAUAAGCUGCAGGUUUUUGUUUCUGUUUCCAUCUCAGUGAUUUUAGUUCAAGAUGUUUAGUCACAAAAUGUUUUGUUUCAGAUUAUUAAACAGGAUCAAAUGUUUCAAUGACUGAAUGAAGUCAGACAGUAAAGGUUGGUUGUAGUGUGUGAGAAAUUCAUCAUAAUAAACAGAAAUAAAAUGUUUGGAAGCAUCA